AAAAAUUUUAAAAGAAAUAUAUAAAAAUUCCAAAAAGAUAAAAAAAAUCAAAAAUAUUUUCAAAAAGUCCAAAUUACAAAAUAAUUUAAAAAAAUUCAAAAAAUUACAGAAAGUUCAAAAAUAGUUUUAAAAAAGUUCAAAACAGUUCAAAAAAAUUAAAUUUCAAACAAACAAUUUCAAAAACAAUUAAAAAGAUUUAAAAGUUUUAAAAAUAUUUCAGAAAUAUCCUUAAAAAUUUCAAACAACUUAAAAAAGGUCACAAAAAAGUAAAAAAAGUUGUCAAAAAUGGACCAACCAAUUCCCGACCUGCCCCAAAGCAAACCAAAAACCCCUCGCAUGAAACUUAACUUUGACAACCUAUCCGAUGAAAACAUAAAUGAAAUCAAGCCACACGACAAUGAAGAUACAAAAAUUGACGAAGAUGAAGCUGAAGAAUCCCAAGAAAUGUCAGAAAAUAAGAAGGCUGGCUGCUUUGCUGGGCUCUUUUCAUGGUGUGGUAAAAAAAGAGAAAUCGUGAGAGCAAAGACUAUGAAAUAUGGAGCGAGACUUACGAAAAAUGGAAGAGAAGAGCCAGCAGAUAAGUCGACAAUCAGUUUAGCUGCAGCUAUGGCAAUGUGUAAGAAAGAUGAGAGGAUUAAAGUUAAUGAAAAUAUGUAAAGAGAGAUUUUUGGUGUUUGUAAAUAUUUGUUGAUGUAUUUUUUUUUGUCGAAUUUAAUUUGAGAAUUUUUUGAGGAA